AUGAACGACUUGCUCAAGGAUUCAUUUGUUACCGAUUCUAAAGAUUGGUCGUCUAGAAGCCACGAUGUUGAAAAGGGUAACCAGGCCGUUUUAGAUGUCGCAAUGGAACCUUUCGAUAAGCAGAUACAAGAAAUAGAAAAACAAAUGGAGAGCCUGCCUCAGUUACUACAAAAUCUUAAGGAUGCUAAUGAGGAAUCAAUGUCCAUUACAAAAGCCUCUGCCAUGAAAGCUAUUAAAAAGCGGAUGGAAAGAGAUAUUGAUCAAGUCCAGAAGGUUGCGCGUAAUGUCAAGUCGAAGCUGGAAACAGUUAACAAAGAGAACUUAGCCAACCGACAAUUGCCAGGGUGCGAAAAGGGAACAGCAGUUGAUCGGUUGAGGAUGAAUAUGGCUAGCGUGGUGACCAAAAAGUUUGCGACUCUCAUGACCGAAUUCCAGAUGAUGAGACAACGGAUACGAGAAGAAUAUCGUGAGGUAGUUGAAAGAAGGGUUAUGACAGUUACAGGGAUCAGACCAGAUGAAAAGACAAUUGAUGAUCUAAUAGAAACCGGAAGCAGCGAAGAGAUUUUCAAGAAAGCUAUGCAUGAACAAGGAAGAGGACAGUUUUUAAAUACUGUGGAGGAGAUUCAAGAGAGACACGACGCUGUUAGGGAGAUCGAGAAGAAGCUCCUCGACCUACAUCAGAUUUAUCUUGAUAUGGCGGUGUUGAUCCAAGCUCAACAAGACAUAUUAGACAACAUUGAAAUUCAGGUAACAAAUGCUGUGGAACAUGUGAACAUGGGUGCAGAAGCUCUCCAAACGGCAAAGCAAUUGCAGAAACGGUCGAGAAAAUGCAUAAUCAUUGUCAUUAGUAUACUCCUCAUUAUUGCCAUCAUCGUCGUACUCUCUGUUCUCAAACCAUGGAAGAAGAAAUAA